AUGAAGAUUCAAUCAAUAGAUAAUGUGUUUGCAAAGGAUUCGGAUGAGCAUGUCUUUGAAUCCAUCGGCGUCAUGCCUAACAAUUUUUCUAAGCUUCAACCUCCACCGAAUACACCUACAUCUCAGAAGCUUCCCACAAAACCAGCAACAUCUUCAUCAAACUCCACGAAUCUUCCUUCCCAUGGAAAUAAGUCCAUAUCUAGAUCAAGAUAUUCCUACACCAAUCUAAAUAUUCUUGAAGCCAGAGUUUCUCAUCUAGGAAUAGCUAGCCAAGCCGCCCUCGACUCUGAUUCCUCCAGCAGCUCCAUCAACCAUCUCCGAAGAUACCGAAAGAGCUCUUCAGAAGGGUUCGUGAAUGAGGUUGGGCCAUCUUUCACGAAAGGGGGACAAGAAACCCACAACUCCCCGAAUGAUGAUAAUCAAAAGAAGAUACCAGAAGGAGCAGUAAUUCAAAACAUAUAUGAUGAUGAAAAAACCUCAAAGAAACCUCCAACUCCUCUUAUGUCUCCUUCUAAUAUUCUCAGUCCACCAAAGUCGCCUCCAAAAUCUCCUCCUAAAGCUUCAACUCCUCCCAGAGAUCUCGGUAAAUCAAAAAUAACUAAAGAAGUUGUUCCUGAGAUAGAGCACAUUUUCAAUGAUUAUGAAGUUGAUGAAAAGACAAGAAGGCAACUAGAGAUAGAACAAGAACAUCAAGAUCAUCUACUCGCAGCCCCCCUAAAAGAAAAUUUUAAUAAUGAGAAAAUUGUUCCUUCCUCUCCCUUCGAAAAAAUUGAUGUGGAUCCACUAUUUUGUCCUUGGAAAUCCUUGAUUCGAAUGAUUGAAGACAAGGACAUUGCUCCCUUUGAAAUUUAUGAUGCUCCUUCUAGUUCUAAAUAUGAAAAGGAUCUUCCGUUCGCUCCAAGAAGGAAUUACUUUCCAAUCUAUCCUGUUGUGGAAACCUUCAAACCUAUGAGCGAUUCUCUGUAUGAAGAAAGACAAAUAUUGAUUAACUUUUACUCCAAGCAUCUGCAAAAGAUCUAUGGCAUAAGAUGGUCCAGAAGAGUCAUAAUCAAGGUCAAAGGCUUCAAGGCUCGUUCAUUCAGAGGGGCUUCGUAUUACUCCUAUGAUCUUCAAAGAACAAAUAAAGUAGAAUAUUAUCUCAUGGAAGUAGACUUGCCCAUCGCAAAUACUGUUGGUCUCUUCUGCAUUACCAAGGAACUAAAUCGAAGGAUCCCCUCAAAGGAAACAACCAAAGCAACUCUCAUUCCCAUUAGAACCUAUCUCUAA